CCGAACAGAUUUAUAGAAAAAUCGAAGGUAAAGGGUCUAAAAACCAAAAACGUCAGGGUUUCUUUUCUCUCUCUUUUUCUUCUUCUGAUAGGAGGGGAGUUCUGUCUCUCAUUCUUCACUGAAAGCAAGAAUCAUGGCCGUUGAAGCUCCUAGAUCUGGUGGUGGGCCCGCCGAUUCAUACAUAGGAAGCUUGAUUAGCUUGACAUCGAAGUGCGAAAUCAGAUACGAAGGUGUUCUUUACAACAUCAACACCGAAGAAUCUAGCAUCGGCUUGAGAAAUGUAAGAUCAUUUGGAACUGAAGGACGAAAAAAGGAUGGUGCCCAAAUUCCUCCAAGUGACAAAGUUUAUGAGUACAUACUCUUUCGUGGUAGUGACAUCAAGGAUUUACAGGUUAAGUCCUCCCCACCCGUUCAAGCUACACCACCGCCGCCACCGCCGCCUAUUCACAGCGAUCCUGCUAUCAUACAGUCACACUAUCCUCGGCCAUCGUCUGCAACCUCAAGUUUGCCUUCUGCUGGGAGCGUGACCAUGGCAGAUCCUAGCUCACAUGCUGCCCAGCUAGGGCUGCCUAGGUCACCAUUCCAAGGUGGUUUGCCUUUAUAUCAACCUGGGGGAAGUUUGGGGUCAUGGGGAUCAUCACCUGCACCUCAAAAUGGUUCUGGGCUUCCCAUGCCAAUGUACUGGCAAGGAUUUUAUGGGCCCUCAAGUGGGCUGCCUCACCUACAACAGCAACAGCAGCCUUUGAUUCGUCCUCCGCCAGGCUUGCCAAUGCCCCAAUCCAUGCAGCAACAGCCAAUGCAAUAUCCUGGCAUGAAUGCAUCGUUGCCGACUGGUGCUCCAAAUCUGAUGGAAUUUCCUUCUCCUUUGUUGCCACCAGUUACUGGUACCCCAAAUCUAACCUCGACUACUUUGCCAUCGACUCUAGCUCCCAUCCAAGCUGCCGCCUUAGCUUCUGAAACAUUGCCGAGCCUGAUGCCAAAUAAGGCUCCUAUUACCUCUGUUCCCUCAACAACUCAGAGCACAAGCUUGCCAUUGGUGCCUCCUUUAACCACUACUAGUCUUGAUAUCAAUGCAAUGGUGGCACCAGUCUCUGGCAAGCCUCGAACGGUUCCCGGCCCAUCCCUGCCCUAUCAAAGUAUGUCUCAAUCUGUGUCCGGCAUUGUUGGGCCGUCCACAUCAAGUCAUACUGAAACAUUGGUGCCUCCUUUGGUAACUCCAGGCCAGCUAUUGCAGCCUGGGCCCACCACGCUUUCUUCAUCCCAACCAUUACAAACUGGGAAAGAUGUAGAGGUUGUGCAAUCCACCUCAUCAGAACCAUCAGCUUUGGCUCCGGCUGAAGCUCAGGCACCGAUAUUGCCAUUACCUAGAGUACCGGAUAAUAAGAUGAAUGGAGCUGCCUUACAAAACCGUUACAGUAAUAGGGGUCGUGAAAGAGGAAGAGGGAAUGGGAUGUCGCGCGGAGUGACCAAAUUCACAGAAGAUUUUGAUUUCAUCGCGAUGAAUGAAAAAUUCAAGAAGGAUGAAGUGUGGGGUCAUCUUGGUAAAAGCAAGGUUAGGGACAAAGAAGGGGAAGCAGGAGAUGAUGAUGCAUAUGAUACUCUGGAGGAAGAUGAUGCUCAGUCUUCAAGAUUUGAAACGAAGCCUGUUUAUGUUAAGGAUGACUUCUUUGAUUCUCUUUCCUGCAAUGCACUCGACCGAGGAUCAAUGAACGGGAGGACCAAGUUCUCCGAGCAGAUGAAAAUCGACACAGAGACAUUUGGUGAUUUCCCGAGGCAUCGUGGUCGGGGUGGCCGCGGUCCAGGUCGUGGUGGUGGCCGGUCAAGGGGUCCCUUUUAUGGAAGGGGAUACGGCUACGUUGGGAGGGGCCGGGGUCAGACCAUGUACCGACCCAACUAGCUAGUCAAGGUACGAAUGUUAGUAUGCUGGUUUGUGUCAUCUUUUGGACUAUAAAAGCUAAUCCAAGGCCACACCUCCCCACCUAAGAAGAGAAACUGAUGGGGAGAGGGCUUGGCUUGUAAUAUCACUGCUUGUCUUUUGUGACUAGUGAGAAAAUAAGCAUAGUUUCAGGACUAA